AUGCGUUUCGUUCGAGGCAGGUCACGUCAUCCGCAGUCGCAAGGUUGUGUCGAAAGAGCAAAUGGUGUAUUGACAAGUACGUUAGAAAAAUGGAUGUCUGAUGAGAAUUCGAGUCAUUGGUCUGAAGAUCUUUUGCCUGUUGUAUAUGAAAUUAAUACUCGGAUCUCAUCAACUACAAAGUGUACACCAUAUGAAGUAAUGUUUGGACAAAGACCGCGAUCUGAUCAAGAGUUUUGGAGAAUCGUUAAAGACAAUGACAUACAAGAUGAAGAACAACUGCCAACGCCUAUUGAAGAUAGUCUUGAUCAGACGAAUGUAGGAGAUAGCAACACAAAUUCCCCAGCUAUUAUCGAAAACGCGCUUUAUGCGUUGUAUCCAGAUGAUCCACAAUUAGAUGAUACUACUUCUGUUGCUGCAUGUCUUCUCGGUCUCUCAUCUACCUCUGUUUGCACUGCUCCUGCUCUUAAUUCUUCGUUUUUCAUUGAUAAUCUCAUUUCUUUUGAUUCUCCACAUUCAAAAAAUGUUUCACAUGUUUUGUUGGCACCACCUUCUGUAAUAGUUAAAAAUACAAAUUCAGGGGAAUAA